AUGACUCUCCGAUUUCUCCUCUCUCCAUACCAGACCUCAUUCAUUUGACCAACAUUUUCCAGUGCCUGCUAUGUGUCAGAAACAGUGUUUCUGGCUGAAUAUCAUAAAUGGGGACUUGGACCCUGAGGAAAGUCAGGCCACGGUGCUGUUCGAGCUGUUAGAUCCCUUAGGCUUGCCAGCUUUGUGAGUUAUUAUUGAAAAAUGAGGAUUCCAAGAGUCAGAGGAGUUUUAUAAUGUGCACGAGGGCACACUGCUAGUAAAUAACAUUAACUCUAAUCCCAAAGCCUAUUGUGUUUUCAACACAAGGUAGUAGGAAGCCAAGCCACGUGCAUGUCUCCCAAUCCCUGUCUAGGGACAGCUGCUGGUGCAGGGUGGAAGACUUCCUACAAACAGAAUGGGGGACCAAUUGUGUCUACGGAGGGGGUGGGCUGAGCAUGGGCACGCAUGUCCCCAGCCUCCUGGACGAGCAAACUCAAUCAACGCUCUGGGGAUCCCUGCUCCGCAUGGGUAGCAGUGUCUGUGCCUCUCCUGCCCAGGUGCUAGAGAACAGUCCCCAGUGCAGGGUCCCCAAUGUAUUUGAAAACAGUGGAGUCAGUGGUUCUAGGUGGAGGGUGGGUAUGAAGGCCAGAAAGAGUGAAACAUGUGAGCUUUCUGGCCAGGAGAUUCCCUCUUGAAUCAUCCAUAUGAAGCCCCGGGGCCACUUGCGAAGCGUCUCUAAUAGCUUCUUCCUCACUCGUGCGCUCUGACCGCUAGACUUUCACCCCAGACGCCGGUCCGGAUUCCUGGGAUCCCAAUAUUAAGCACCAGGUUUCCUGGAAUUGUGUGCUGCGGCUGUGAUGUAGGUUUCGGUCGCAGGAAGCUGCUAAACCAUAGCUGACGCUCCCUCCUAAGCCAGCCUUCCUUCCCCGGGCGGGUAUCUGUUCAGCACCUUGUCGCGCUCUCAGUCUCCUCCGCAGCCUGGCCCCAACCGUUCAACUUCAAUAAAGCAAAACUCCAGCCACACAAGUCUCCGUGAAGUUAUCGCCAUAGGCCGGCCAGGGGGCGGGAGAGGUACCGGGGUGAUUUCCGCGGGAAGCGAUAACCAAUCGGAUUCCCAGGCCGAACGGAGCACACUCGCCCGCCUUCGCUCUUUCCCCGCCCUUUGCCCCGCCCCGCUCCUUCUCUCCUUUUGUCUUUCCACUGAGCUCUCCACUUCACCCCAUUGGCCCGCGCGGCCGCCGCUAGAGCUCUGCGCCUGCGCACGCACCGGGCGGGGGGACGCGGUGGCCUGGCGUGGGGGCGCGGCAGGGCGCAGACGCAGGCGCAAUCUGUGUCCGCGUGUGGGGGAGGGAUGUGGGCGAGGCGACGGCCCCCGGUUUGUUUGGGCUGUGGGCGGUGCACAGUGCAGAGCCCGGGAAAAGCGGGAAAUGGCGGCGCCGAGCGCAGGGUCUUGGUCUACCUUCAAGCACAAGGAGCUGAUGGCCGCUGACAGGGGACGCAGGAUAUUGGGUGUGUGUGGCAUGCAUCCUCACCAUCAGGAAACUCUAAAAAAGAACCGAGUGGUGCUAGCCAAACAGCUGUUGUUGAGUGAACUGUUAGAACAUCUUCUGGAGAAGGACAUCAUCACCUUGGAAAUGAGAGAGCUCAUCCAGGCCAAAGUGGGCAGUUUCAGCCAGAACGUGGAACUCCUCAACUUGCUGCCUAAGAGGGGUCCCCAAGCUUUUGAUGCCUUCUGUGAAGCACUGAGGGAGACCAAGCAAGGCCACCUGGAGGAUAUGUUGCUCACCACCCUUUCCGGGCUUCAGCAUGUACUCCCACCGUUGAGCUGUGACUACGACUUGAGUCUCCCUUUCCCAGUGUGUGAGUCCUGUCCACUUCACAAGAAGGUCCGCCUGUCGACAGAUACUGUGGAACACUCCCUAGACAAUAAAGAUGGUCCUGUCUGCCUUCAGGUGAAGCCUUGCACUCCUGAAUUUUAUCAGACACACUUCCAGCUGGCUUAUAGGUUGCAGUCUUGGCCUCGUGGCCUAGCACUGGUGUUGAGCAAUGUGCACUUCACUGGAGAGAAAGAACUGGAAUUUCGCUCUGGAGGGGAUGUGGACCACAGUACUCUAGUCACCCUCUUCAAGCUUUUGGGCUAUGACGUCCAUGUUCUGCGUGACCAGACUGCACAGGAAAUGCAAGAGAAACUCCAGAAUUUUGCGCGGUUACCUGCACACCGAGUUACGGACUCCUGCAUCGUAGCACUCCUCUCGCAUGGUGUGGAGGGCGCCAUCUAUGGUGUGGAUGGGAAACUGCUCCAGCUACAAGAGGUUUUUCGACUCUUUGACAACGCCAACUGCCCAAGCCUACAGAACAAACCGAAAAUGUUCUUCAUCCAGGCCUGCCGUGGAGAUGAGACUGAUCGCGGGGUUGACCAACAAGAUGGAAAGAACCACGCAGGAUCCCCUGGGUGCGAGGAGAGUGAUGCCGGUAAAGAAAAGCUGCCAAAGAUGAGACUGCCCACGCGCUCAGACAUGAUAUGCGGCUAUGCCUGCCUCAAAGGGACUGCCGCCAUGCGGAACACCAAACGAGGUUCCUGGUACAUCGAGGCCCUCACUCAAGUGUUCUCUGAGCGGGCUUGUGAUAUGCACGUGGCCGACAUGCUGGUUAAGGUGAAUGCACUUAUCAAGGAUCGGGAAGGCUAUGCCCCUGGCACAGAGUUCCACCGGUGCAAGGAGAUGUCUGAAUACUGUAGCACUCUGUGCCAUCACCUCUACCUGUUCCCAGGACACCCUCCCACAUGAUGCCACCUCCCCAUCAUCCACGCCAAGUGGAAGCCACUGGACCACAGGAGGUGUGAUAGAGCCUUUGAUCUUCAGGAUGCACAGUUUCUGUUCUGCCCCCUCAGGGAUGUGGGAAUCUCCCAGACUUGUUUCCUGUGCCCAUCAUCUCUGCCUUUGAGUGUGGGACUCCAGGCCAGCUCCUCUUCUGUGAAGCCCUCUGCCUGUAGAGCCAGCCUUGGUCGGACCUAUUGCCAGGAAUGUUUCAGCUGCAGUUGAAGAGCCUGACAAGUGAAGUUGUAAACACAGUGUCAUUAUGGGGAGAGGGCAUAUAACUUCCCCAUAUUUGUGUUCAGUUCCAGCUUUUGUAGAUGGCACUUUAGUAAUUGCUUUUAUUACAUUAGUUAAGAUGUCUGAGAGAUCAUCUCCUAUCUUUUAUUUCAUUCAUAUCCCCCACUCUUUUUGUCCUAGAGUGAGAGUUUGGAAGGUGUCCAGAUUUAAUGUAGACAUUAUCUUUUGGCUCUGAAGAGGCAAACAUGAUUAGAGACACACUUUGCUGCAGUGUGACUAGAGACACACCUUGCUGCAGUGUGCAGAAGUGGCCUGUGCAUUCCCUUCAGUACUGCAGGGCCCCCCAGUGGAGGGACACUCUUGCCUCGUUUGGGCUCAAGGCUCCACAGCCUGUCAGCCGACAUUGCUUUGCAUCUGUACCUUAUUGAUCUUUGCCCAUGGAAGUCUCAAAGAUCUUUCGUUGGUUGUUUCUCUGAGCUUUGUUACUGAAAUGAGCCUCGUGGGGAGCAUCAGAGAAGGCCAGGUGUGUUUCCCUAGUCCGUCUCUCUCUCUCUCUCUCUCUCUCUCUCUCUCUCUCUCUCUCUCUCUCUCUCUCU